GGUGUCUUUGCCAUGGUGGAAUUUGGAUAACCUGUGGGCUGCAACAGAGGCACACAGAUUAAAUCCUCAGUGGAGUAGCCAUUGUAGCCUUUGUAGGGGAAAGGAAGGAAUGAAUUCUUCGCUAAUGCUACGUCGUUUCUUCUGUUUCAACGCCCCGGCAUCAGCAUCAGCAUCAGCAUCAGCAUCAGCAUCAGCAUCAGCAUCGGCAUCAGUAUCAGCAGCUUCUUCUUCUUCUAAGAAAAAGCCUCUCGUCUUCUUGGGCUCUCCUCAGGUCUCUACAACUGUGCUCGACGCGCUCUUCAAUGCAUCUUCAGCACCAAAUUCCAUCUUUGAGAUUGCAGCGAUUGUUACUCAGCCACCUGCAAGAAAAGGUAGGGGUAAAACGCUGACGCCUUCAUUGGUUGCUCAGUAUGCAAUUGAUAGAGGCUUCCCCUCUGACCUCAUUUUUACACCUGAACGAGCUGGAGAGGAUACCUUUUUGUGUAGCCUAAGAGCAUUGCAGCCUGAACUUUGCAUUACUGCAGCUUAUGGAAACAUCUUACCUACAAAAUUUCUCAAUAUUCCACCAAUGGGGACAGUCAAUAUACACCCAAGUCUAUUGCCACUUUACCGUGGUGCUGCUCCUGUUCAAAGAGCAUUGCAGGAUGGUGUUAAAGAAACUGGAAUAUCCUUAGCCUUCACAGUUCGUGCUCUGGAUGCUGGACCUGUGAUUGUCCAUGAAAGGGUGGAUGUUGAUGAUGAAAUUAAGGCGCCUGAUUUACUUGAUUUGUUAUUUUCUCAAGGAUCUAAACUUCUGAUUCAUGAGCUUCCCUCUAUACUUGAUGGGUCAGCUAGGGCAAAAGCUCAACCACAAGAUGAUUCUAAAGCGACUUUGGCUCCAAAAAUAGCUCCUGAGGAGUCAUGGAUAUCCUUUGAUGAAGAAGCUUCAGUCGUGCAUAAUAAGGUUCGUGCAUUUGCAGGGUGGCCAGGGACACGAGCUAAAUUAAUGCUUGUUGAUGGCAAAGAUGGUAACCAGAAUGUAAUAGAAUUGAAGAUCAUUACUACAAGAGUUUGCCGCCAUGGCAUUAUCCAGAGCAAUGAAAUGGAUGAAAUAACUUUCUUCAAGGGUUCUUUGGUGAUUCCUUGCUGGAACUCUACUGCACUUGAGGUAUUGGAAGUCCAGCUUCCUGGCAAGAAGGUGGUAAGUGCAGCUGCCUUUUGGAAUGGUCUGCGAGAUAAAAAGUUGAAGAAAUUAUAGCAGAUGAAGCUUUUCAUAUAGAUGGCUACAUAAUUAUGGAUCAGAAAUCAGGUAGGGAAAAUUUUUUGAUUCUUAGACCCAAAAUUUUGUUAAGCUCUCUAUCUAUAUAUUUUGUUACUCGUGGCUAUGAAGAACUUAAAUAUAUCUGCUAAUAUUAGCUGAGCAGGAAUUUUGGUUUGUCCAACUGACUGGCUAUUUUGUAUAAUUGUGUAAUAAAAACAAUAAUAGAUCAUUUGACUUGUUUGUUGAAAA